AUGGCAGUAUCUGCCACCACUUGUUUUGGUCCAAGGGCAGAAAUCAGCAUCCUGGAAACCAAUCAGUGCUUGCGCUCUGAACUGGAAAAGUGCAAACAGAACUUCCAAGACCUCACAGAGAAAUUCCUGACAUCCAAAGCUACUGCCUACUCCCUGGCCAAUCACCUGCAGAAAUAUAAGUGUGAAGAGUGCAAAGUUAUAGAAUCUGUGCUGGAGGAGGAGGUGCAGUUUCAGGAGAGGGAGCUGGCCGAAUUGCCGAGGUCAGCUGCAAGGCUCCGAAGUCGAGCGCUGGAUAGAGUUGACACAGACACAUGGUUGCUAGAGCCUUUAAUUUCAUUAAAAAGUUACAUAGGAUUGACUUGGGAAAGAGGUUUGUUGACACUCUACUGCCAAGUGGCGGCUUUUUGCCCGCCGCGGCUUUCUGCCCACCCCGCCGCCGCGGCUUAUUCCCCCCACCCCGCCGCCGCGGCUUAUUCCCCCCACCCCGCCGCCGCGGCUUAUUCCCCCCACCCCGCCUCGGCUUUUAGCCCGCCGCGGCUUUUUGACCCCUCGCCUCUGCGAAUUUUGUCGCCGCGGCUUUUUGCCCGCUGCGGCUUUUUGCCGCCCCCGGCGCUGCGACUUUUUGCCCCCCGCCGCCUUUUGCACCCCGCCACCUUUUGCACCCCGCCGCUUUUUGCACCCCGCGGCUUUUUGCCCCCUCGCCGCCGCGGCUUUUUCCCCGCCGUGGCUUUUUCCCCCCUGCCCCCGCAACUUUUCACCCGCCGCGGCUUUUUGCCCCCACCCCGCCUCGGCUUUUUGCCCGCCGCGGCUUUGUGCCCCCCGCCGCCGCGGCUUUUUGCCCCCACCCCGCCGCGGCUUGUUGCCCGACCAGGCUUUUUGCCCCACCGCCGACACAGCUUUUUGGACCCUCGCCGCCGUGGCUUUUUGCUGCUGCGGCUUUCUGCCCUCCCGCCGCCGCGGCUUUUUGUCCCCCCGCCACCGCCGCUGCUUUUUGCCCCACCGCCGCCGUGGCUUUUUGCCCGCCGCGGCUUUUUACCCGCCAUGGCCUUUUACCCGCCGCGGCUUUUUGCCCCCCGCUGUCACGGCUUUUUGCCCCCUCGCCGCAGCGACUUUUUCCCCGCCGCGCCUUUUUGUCCCCGCCGCCGCGGCUUUUUGCUGCCGCGACUUUUUGCCCCGGUCGCCGCCGCUUUUUACCACCGCGACAUUUUGCCCCCGCCGCCGAGGAUUUUUGUCCCCGCCGCCGCGGCUCUGAGGGCGGGAGCGGCAGACUCGGCUGCCAGCUCUACUGGCGUCCUGGCAAGGGCAGCGCCGAGGGGUGCUCCUGGUCCAGCUCUCCUGGCUCAGGGAUUCCUUGCCUAGGCGCCGGCGCCCCGGGCUCCUUGCCUAGGCCCCUGUGGCCUGCAUAGAGCGGCGCUGCCUGCGGAGGCGAUGGGAGAGAAGAAGGAGGGCGGUGGUGGGGGUGAUGCGGCGGCCACGGAGGGUGGCACAGGGGCUGCGGCCAGCCGGGCGCUGCAGCAGUGCGGGCAGCUCCAGAAGCUCAUCGUCAUCUUCAUUGGCAGCCUGUGCGGGCUGUGCACCAAGUGCGCUGUGUCCAACGACCUCACCCAGCAGGAGAUACAGACCCUGGAGAUACAACAGAGAAAUGCAUAAUGUCCAGUCAAUUUUUUAAAGUUCCAAAGUCGGUGGCGCGCAGUGGCUCAUGCCUGUAAUCUCAACACUUCGGGAGGCCGAGGCCUGUGGAUCACGAGGUCAGGAGUUGGAGACUAGCCUGACCAACAUGGUGAAACCCCGUCUCUACUAAAAAUACAAAAAUUAGCCAGGCAUGGUGGCACGCGGCUGUAAUCCCCGCUACUCAGGAGGCUGAGGCAGGAGAAUUGCUUGAACCUGGGAGGCAGAGGUUGCAGUGAGCGGAGAUGACGCCACCGCACUCCAGCCUGGGAGAAAGAGUGAAUGAGACUCCUUCUCAAAAAAAAAAAAAAAAAAAAGAGUUGCAAAGUCAUACCUUUCUGCUCUUGUCAGACAAUUAAGGGGUCUUUGAAUACUUCAGCCCUAAUAAUUUGCUUCCUAACAUACAUAUUGCAGUGCUUAUCUAAUUUUAAAUAUCCUUUUGAUUCAACACCUAAUGUUUUAUUUAGAUCUAUCUGUAUGUUUACAAUAUAUUUUGCUCUGUGUUCUUUCUAUGAGCCCUUGGUAUAUGUUGCCUGAUGAGAGUCUUUGUGUACCUGAAAUCGUUGGUCAUAUCAAAUAGUUGAUGCUAACAACGUGAUUUCUUGUGAGUGCCUGUUUCUGUAUGCCUAUGACUUUGUGUAAUGCCAUAUUAAUAUGACCUCUCUUAAGGCAUAGGGAGGUUGGGAACUGAGUAGAUAUGUUCAGUCACAGGACGCUCGAUGCAUAUGUGGUGGAAUCCUAAUAAAAACCCUGGACUCAAGACUGAUUGAGCUUCCCUAGUUGGCAACAAGUUCACACAUGUUGUCUCACACCAUUGUAAAGAAAAUUCGUCAGUGUGAAGUCCCCACUAUGAAAGGACACCUGUAAGCUCACAUCUGGUUUGUCCUGGACUCAACUUUAUGUGCUUUUAUGCUUCUGAUUAUUUUAAUCUGGUUUCUUUCACUGUUAGAAACUAUAACCACAAAAAAAAAAUCAGCUUUCUUGGGUUAUGUGAAUCAUUAAACUGAAGGGGGACUUGGGGACCCCCAAUAAAAUGUAUAUAUAUUCUUAAAAAGAAAAAGAAAAGUGGCUAUAGCAGAUAUUGCUGAUGACUUGUCUUCUAUGUCCUGGACUCAAUGUGUUCACCUGAAAUUCACCUGUUUCCAGCUAACUGAGAGCUCCCCACAUCAUGCCUGUCUUUCUGAUUUUUGGGCCUGCCUGUAAGCUUCUUGAGGCUAACCAGUGCUUCUCAACCACACAUAGGAAAAAAGAAGGAGUUAGGGGUGGAGAGUUAAUGAUUCUAAGGCAAUCCUUAAGCAAUAAGAGAUGGGGAUUCCAGCAAUCCCCAUCUCUUUGUAAAGUUAUUUUGACACAAUCUCCAUACCUCCAUCAUUACUGAGCACAUAGCAGUAACUACUCAUUGACACUGGCUUCGUGUUCUGCUUCAUUUACUCCAGUUCUUUGCUUUCUUACUCAAUUUCUGAUUAAAGUAUCUGACCCCAGAUAUUUGUUUCAUAGUCUAUUUUAGAGGGAAUCCAGAGCCAAGACAAUAACAAUGGGAGCUUUGCAAUGAGGGAGGGUGAGUAUAAUCAUCAGAAGGUUACCUACCUCACUGGGAACAUGAAGGCCUGGAGAGCUUGCUUUUUCAAUGAGAGAAACAUGUUGAAUCUCAGUUCAAUACCUAUAUAUAUAUAUAUGUGCAAUAAGACAUGCCCUUUACUUAUAUCAAAGGAAAGUGCUCUUUACCUCUCUUUGUUGUGUUUUUAUCACUAUUGCCUACACAAGCAGAAUAUCAUACCCAGGAUUUAAAGCCCUCUCUGCAGGAUUUUCAAGCUCAUGUUUUUAUCAUAAGUCACUCUGCUUCCAUGUGUUUUCAAUCUAAUCCUCAUUCCUCUGCUUUUACACCUGAGAAUUUAUCACUGACUUAUGUUUGACUGACCUCCUUAUAGAGCUGUCAAGUACACAAUUUCUGCUGUGACCUUUCUCUUAGAGUUCAGUCAUAUAGCCUCUCACUAGAUAUCAUUUCCUCUUAUCUUUCCUAAUAAUUGUCAGUUAAAACUCAAUAUUUUUGAGAUUGAGCUUACCAUCUACACACACACACACACCAUUAUUGGUGUAUUCUCAUAGCCUUGAAACACUAAUGUCACAUUGAUGUCUGCCUUUUCUCUCUCUGCUACCUCAUUCCUCAUCCUUAGAUUAUUCUAAAAGAUUCAAUUAGAUCAAAUUGGCUAAUUAUAUUUUUAAGAUCCUCUCUACCCUUCCCAACAUUUCGUUUAACAAAAUUUAAAAAUUUCUGGCAGGAGACUGUUGAAAUCCCCAUGGAUGACUAUGGUUUUACUAUUUUACCUUUCAGUUUUAAUAGGUUUUAUAUUAUGUAUUUUGAAGUAAUGCUAUUGUGUGCAUACAUAUUUCUUAUUUACAUGACUUCUUGAUGUAUUUUCCCCUUUGUCAUUUUGAAAUGUUAUUCUUCAUCCCCAGUGAUAUUUCCUGUUUUGAUGUCUACUUUGUUCAUCACAGUUUUAGGGGGUUUUGGUUUGUUUGAUUUUCUAUUGUUUGGUUCAAGUAAGUUUCUUAUAAAUCUGUUCGAUUCCAUUUGAUGAUUCCAUUUGAUUCCAUUCAAAGAUUCCACUCGAUUCCAUUCGAUGAUGAUUCCAUUCGAGUCCAUUCAAUGAUUCAAUUCGAGUCCAUUCGAUGAUUUCAUUCGAUUCCAUUCGAUGAUGAUUCCAUUAGAGUCCAUUCGAUGAUUCCAUUCGAGUCCAUUUGAUGAUUCCAUCCGAUUCCAUUCAAUGAUGACACAAUUCAAGUCCCUUCAUUGAUUCCAUUCAAUUCCAUUCUAUGAUGACUGCAUUUGGUUCCAUUCGAUGAUGAUUCCAAUGGAUUCCAUUCAAUUUCUCCAUUCGAUUCCAUUCCUUGCUGAUUCCAUUCAAUUCCAUUAGAUGAUAACUCCACUAGAUUCCAUUCGAUAUUGAUUUCAUUAGAUUCUAUUCGAUGAUGAUCAAAUUCGAUUCUAUUCAAUGAUGAUUCUAUUCGAUUCCGAUCAAUAAUUUCAUUCGAUUCCAUUCGAAGAUUCCAUUCGUUUACAUUCGAUGGUGAUUCCAUUCCUGUCCAAUCGAUUAUUCCAUUCGAUUCCAUUCGAUGAUGAUUCCACUGGAGUCCAUUUGACGAUGAUUCCAUUCGAGUCCAUUCGAUGAUGAUUCCAUAUGAGUCCGUUCGAUGAUGAUUCCAUUCGAUUUCAUUCGAUGCUUCUAUUUGAUUCCAUUCGAUGACGAUUCUGUCUGAUUCCAUUCUAUGAUUCCAUUCGAUUCCAUUCGAUGCUGUUAUUGGAUUUCAUUCCAUGAUGAUUCCUUUCGAUUCCAUUCGAUAAUUCCAUUUGAUUCCAUUCGAGUCCAUUCGAUGAUUCCACUCGAGUACAUUCGUUGAUUCCAUCUGAUUCCAUUUGAUGAUGAUUCCAUUCGAGUCCAUUCGAAGAUUCCAUUCGAUUCCAUUCUAUGAUUCCAUUCGAGUCCAUUCGAUUAAUCCAUUUGAGUUCAUUCGAUGAUUCCAUUCAUUUCCGUUCAGUGAUGAUUCCAUUCGAUUCCAUCUGAUGAUGAUUUCAUUUGAUUCCAUUCGAUGAUGAUUCCAUUCAAGUCCAUUCAAUGAUUCAAUUCAAUUCCAUUCGAUGCUGAUUCCGUUCGAAUCCAUUCGAUUAUUCCAUUCAAAUCCCUUCGUUGAUUCCAUCCGAUUCCAUUUGAUGAUGACCCCAUUCGAGUCCAAUCUAUGAUUCCAUUCGCUUCCAUUCAAUGAUUCCAUUCGAGUCCAUUUGAUUAUUCCAUUCGUGUCCAUUUGAUGAUUCCAUUGGAUUCCAUUCGUUGAUGAUUCCAUUUGAUUCCAUUUGAUGAUUCCGUUCGAUUCCUUUCAAUGAUUCCCUAUGAUUCCUUUCUGUGAUGAUUCCAUUUGAUUCCAUUCGUUGAUGAUUCCAUUCGAUUCCAUUCGAUGAUGAUUCCUUCCGAUUCCCUUGUUGAUGAUUCCAUUAGAUUCCAUUUGAUGAUAAUUCCAUUCGACUCCAUUCGAAGAUGAUUCCAUUCGAUUUCAUUCGAUGGUUCCAUGCGAUUCCAUUAGAUGAUUAAUCGAUUCGAUGCAAUAAAAUGCAGCAGAAAGACCCUAAAGAAUGUACUUGAAGAACAAUCCACCUUCCUUCUUUCCCUUUCACCCAGUGGCCAGGCAUCUAUCGGUGGGGGCCCCCUCAUCUACCCCUUCCCCACUCCACCAAGAAAUUUAGUUUAAGCUAGCUUGCAACAUAGAUAAUUGUACCCUUUCUUAUCAGCUAAGUGCAGCCACUAGAGCCGUAAGUCAAAUGUUUGAAAAAUCCUGAGAGUCAUAAUGCAUCGUGUGCUGCAAUAAAAUGCAGCAGAAAGACCCUAAAGAAUGUACUUGAAGAACAAUCAAUAGGUGAUGUCUAGGAAGAUUGUGGAAGGCUAGUACUCAGCCUAUGAGGAACUGAGGGAGGGGCCUGUGCACUAGGGUGUAAAUUGCUUGUUGAAACUGUGCUGGGUGUGCCUGUAUGCCAGACACCCGAUCUUGCAAGACCGUCAUUAAAAGUCUCACUUUCGCUGUUCUCUGGGUCUCUGAGUUCAUUGUUUGGGUUUAGACGGGUGAAUUUGUUUCUCACAAAUUUGAUUGGAUUGAAGGAUGAAAGUAUUGAUCCUAGGUGUAUCUGUGAGGGUGUUGCCAAAGGAGAUUAACAUUUGAGUCAAUGGGCUGGGGAAAGCAGACCCACCCUAAAUCUGGUGGGCACAAUAUAAUCCACUGCCCAUGAAUAUAAAGCAGGCAGAAAAUCAUGAAAAGGCAAGACUGGCCUAUCCUGCCAGCCUACGUCUUUCUCCUGUGCUGGAUGCUUCCUGCCCUGGAACAUCAGACUCCAGGUUCUUCAGUUUUGAGACUUGAACUGGGCCACACAUGAAAUACACUAACACUAACGAUAGCUGAUGAGCUUUAAAAAAUCGCAAAAAAAGUCUUAUAAUUUUAAAAGAGUUUAUGAAUUUGUGUUGGGCCAUAUUGAAAGUGUCCUGGGCCGCAUGCAUGGAUAAGCUUGCUCUAGGCAAAUAAGAUGUCUUAGAUCUGAGUGGGCUUAUAGUAGAUUGACAUGGAACUGGUUUUAUUUUUCUGCAAUAACUUACCACCUUGCAGAAUUUCUUUUAUUUAUUUAUUUAUUUAUUUAUUUAUUUAUUUUUGAGAUGGAGUCUCACUCUGUUGCCCAGGCUGGAGUGCAGUGGCACGAUCAUGGCUCACUGCAACCUCCUGAGUUCAAACCUCCCAAGUAGCUGGGACUACAGGCAUGCCCCAUCAUGCCUGGCUAAUUUUUGUGUUUUUUAGUAGAGACAGGGUUUUGCCAUGUUGGCCAGGCUAGUCUCGAACUCCUGACCUCAAGUGAUCUGCCCGCCUUCAUUUACAGACAUCAUAUUGUGUAUAAUGCCUGAGAAAGUACAUAAUAGUGAAAUAAACAUCCUAGACACUUACUUUAUAGUUGUUUUUGAUGACUCGUAAGAGUGAUGUAAAAAAAAAUAAACGAGUGAUUCGGCUGGGUACUAUGGCUCGUGCCUGUAAUUUCAACACUUUAGGAGGCUGAGGUGGGCAGGUCACUUGAGGUCAGGAGUUUGAGACCAGCCUGGCCAAAAAAGGUGAAACCCCAUGUCUCCUAAAAAUACAAAAAUUAGAUCAGCGUGGUGGCACAUGCCUGUAGUCCCAGCUACUCCGGAGGCUGUGGCAGGAGAAUCGCUUGAACCUGGGAGGCAGAGGUUGCAGUUAGCUGAGAUCGUGCUGCUGCACUCCAGCCUGGUUGACAGAGUGAGACUCUGUCUCAAAAAAAAAAAAAAAAAAAAAGUGAUUUAGUCUUAUAAAGGGGAUCAUUUCACGACCUCAAAGUCUGAGUCACUUUACGUGGUAAUUAAAAUGAACCCAUUGCACUGAAUCUUCCAUGGUAGAAAACAGUAAUAUGGUAUCUCCCCUAUUGUUGAAAGAGUAUCAGCUGUGAGUAAACAUAUGAGCAAUAGGAAUCCCCAGGUCCAGGUGGAAAAAAAUGAUAAAAACUUAUGAGCAAAUAUUUGUUUUCUGGCUGCUACACUAUUGUGUUCUUUUAACUAAUACAAAUAAUGUAAUUUGGGGAAUAUUCAACUUAUAGAGCCCUUUUCUACCUCAAAAAGAAAGUGCUUCCUAUUGCUCUCUUUGCUUACUAAAGCUUGUCAUGGAUACAGUCUUGGCGAGGGUGAUAAAGAGCUCUGGCAUUUGGUCUGUUUCACCUGAAUUGUAACUAGGGUCCCCUGAUGAAAUUAUCUCCUGCAGGGACUACUUAUUUAUUGUUUAUCUUCUGUUUAACUAGAAUGUUUUUAGCAGAUACAAGGUGAUCUCAUUUACAUCAUGAAUAUGGUUUCUGGACACCUUAUCUUUAUAACUAUACAAAUAAUUCAUCUAAAUUCAAAUAAGUAACAGAAACAACGGUUAAAAUUUGCCAUAUAUUGUAGCCCUUAAAAUACGUUGGAGAAAAAGGAAUAUGACAUUCCAUAAAAUCAGAAAACAUAAAUAUAGAGUUGGGAUAAGGAAAUUCAAUAGCCUAAUCUGGAAGACAAGGAUUCACCUAUGUAUUAACAAAAGGUUCUACCAAUGUAAUCCAAGACAUGAAACAGUAUCUGGCAAAGCCUGUGGGAAAAAGCACUGGAGAGGGAGACAGAUUACUUGGGUUCUAGUCUGGGCUCUGCCACUAAAUGAGUGUGUGCCCUUGAACAGAUCAGAACUCUCUAUGAAUUAUUCCAUUUGUAAAAUGAGAGAAUUAGAUUAAUACAUUUUUAUAAGAUUCCCAUUGUUCUAACAGUCUGUCCCUAGGUGUUCCAUAAAAUAUACAAGUAGGUUAAGUUAGAAUUACCUGUUUAAGAGUAGCUUUUCAGAUUGAUGAUUAUUUCAGUUCAUUCUGCAUAAGGAUACCAGACAAGGCAACUCAAGUCCUGGGAGGGUCAGAAAGUGCAGGAGCUUAAGUCUAUCUGUUAAUGAGUUACUGUAGGGGAGGCAGAGAAAGGGUAAUAUAUCUGUUUAUUUUGCAAUUUAUACAGUUCAAGGGGACAGUUUCUAAAAUAUAUGCUAUUUGUUUCCAAACUAUGCUACUUUAGGAAAUGCAUAAUUUUGGUGGUUAAUGGUAGUAUAAUAAAACUUAGUUAUGGCAUUUAGCCAUCUGUCAUUUACCCUCUUUACAUGUGUUGUUUAUGUAUUUUCUGUUUUUAUGUAAUUAGCUCCUUUGGUGUGUUCCUACAUGGAAGGAUACUGCCUCUUUCUGAUCCUACCUGAGCUUCUGAAAUAAUUAGAUUGGGGAGAAAAAUGCUGAAUUGAAAUCUGUCUGACUUUUAAACAAUGAUGUUGACUCACUUUAUGCUAGAAUACGACAAGCCAGAUAUUAUUUUCUGUGUAACAUUAAAAAAUUAUUUGCUGUU